CCGACUUCGGCUCGAGCCUGCCUCCGCGGACCCCGAAUUCUCCCCAACAAAUGCGGGCACAAACAGUACCCUAUGAGCUUUGCGGUGAUAACAUUACCUGGUGGAUUAAUCAAACAUGAAAGGCUUCUUGGGCUCUGUAUUGUGUGUUGGUGUGGAAACUGAGAGAACGCCGAUCCCAUCUCUUCAAAUGCAUCUGUGCUUCCCUCCAUCAAACGCCUGGCUGCGGCUGUUAACGGCAAUACUUAUCAGUGGUUCCCGCCCUAUUCAAGUUUCCACAACCGGAACUUGCAACCCUAAGAUUCAACCCGUCAAUUUUUAAAAGAAAAGAAAAGAGAGAGAGAAAAAAGGAAUGCGACUACCACCAGCUAGAGCGCUGCUUUGGCGCUCGCUGCGCACUUACCAGAUCUACGGCGCCAAUACCGACGUUGGCAAGACCAUUGUCACAACCCUCCUCUGCAAAACCGCUCAACGGCUUUGGCAGACAGAACGCACAACGUAUCUUAAACCUGUCUCGACGGGACCGGCGGUAGAUGCGGAUGACCAACAUGUCCGCAAGUUUGCUCCAGAGGUCAUUAGCAAGACUCUUUUUCAGUACGAUCUCGCCGUCAGCCCACAUAUCGCGGCCCGAAUUUCAAACAAUGCCGUUCCUUCAGAUGAUAGCCUUCUCGCCGAGGUCUCUGCCUUUGCGUCUCAGCAGGCAUCCCGAGGUCCCGGAUGGCUGUUUAUCGAGACAGCUGGGGGCGUCCAGUCCCCCGCUCCCUCGGGUUCGACCCAGGCCGACCUAUACAUGCCACUGCGGCUGCCAGUCGUUCUCAUCGGUGACAGCAAACUCGGCGGGAUCUCACAGACGAUAUCGGCCUUUGAGUCCCUCAAAAUCCGUGGUUACGAUGUAGAAAUGGUCGUCCUGUUUCGGGAAGCAGCAUUCCAUAACCACGCCUACCUGGCCGAGUACUUCGAACAGCAGCACGGAAUCGCCGUGAGGACCGUUCCAGAACCACCUCCCCGGAGGGCGGAGGACGACCCAAGCGCCGACAGCAUAGCCCUGUCUCGCUACUACGACAAAACCAGCUCCCAAAGCCGCGACAUACACGAGAUUCUCCGUCGCCUAGACGCUCGACACACCGCACGCCUGGCUCGCCUGGAGUCCAUGAGCGCCAGCGCAUCCUCCCAGAUAUGGUACCCCUUCACGCAGCAGAAGCACCUCGCCCGGGACAAGAUAACCGUCAUCGACUCCGCCCACGGGGACUACUUCCAGACCCUUGCCCGGCCUCCCCCCGACGCCCCGGAUGCCCUCCUCCGCCCGUCCUUCGACGGCUCCGCCUCCUGGUGGACCCAGGGCCUCGGCCACGCCAACCCGCGCCUCGCCCUCGCCGCCGCCUACGCGGCCGGCCGCUACGGCCACGUCAUGUUCGCCGAGGCCGUGCACGAGCCUGCGCUGGCGCUGGCCGAGACGGUGCUGGACGGCAUGGCCCCCCGCCGCGACGGCAGCAGUGACGGCUCCGGAGGAGGGAGGAGGAGGAGGCUCGGGCGGGUGUUCUUCUCGGACAACGGGAGUACCGCCGUCGAGGUGGCCGUCAAGAUGGCGCUCGGGGCCGCGAGAGCGCGGUACGGGCCCCGGCGCGGGGAGGCGCCGCAGCCGCUCGGGGUGUUGGGGUUGAAGGGGAGCUACCACGGAGAUACGAUUGGCGCGAUGGACUGCUCGGAGCCGGGCGUGUUCAACGAGAAGGUGGAGUGGUAUGAAGGGAAGGGGUUCUGGUUUGACUAUCCGGUGGUGGAGUUUAGGAGGGGGCGGUGGAACGUUGAGCUGACCAACGAGAUGCGGGAUGGUAUUAGCGCCUCGACGAGUGCUUCUACUACUGCUGCUGGUGAUGGUGGUAGUGGUGGUGGUAUCGAUGUUCGGGCAGGCUACUCGUAUCAGUCCUUGUCGGAUGUAUUCGAUCUCGAGUCUCGAAAAGCGCGCGGUGAGGCGCGCAUUUAUGAGCAGGUAAUCACCGCUACUCUCGAAAAGCUCACAAAACAGGGUCGGAGGUUUGGGGCUCUGAUCAUUGAGCCGGUCGUCCUCGGCGCUGGCGGUAUGCUCAUGGUGGACCCUCUGUUUCAGAAGACGCUCGUCGAGGUUGUCAGGCGGAGCGCACACCUCCUUGGUCACAGCGCGGGUCUGACGGAUCUAGCCGAUGACGGCCAGAGCUGGACCGGGCUGCCCGUCAUCUUCGACGAGGUGUUCACGGGCAUGUACCGCCUCGGCCGCUUCAGCGCCGCCAGCUUCCUAGGCGUGGAUGCCGACAUCUCGGUCCACGCCAAACUGCUGACGGGCGGGCUGGUGCCGCUCAGCGUGACGCUCGCGUCCGAGAGCAUCUUCCGGGCGUUCGAGAGCGACGACAAGUCAGAUGCUCUGCUGCACGGCCAUAGCUACACGGCGCACGCGGUUGGAUGCCAGGUGGCUCUCGAGAGCAUCAGGGAGAUGCAGGGGAUGGAGGCGCGGGGGGACUGGGACUGGGCCAAGGGCGUGCCGCGCAAUCCGGCUUCUUUGCAGGGAAGAGGGCCCGCUUCGGCGGGUUGGGCGGGUUCGGUGACACCGGCAGACGCUACGAGGACCUGGUCGGUCUGGAGCACCGAGUUGCUCCGCUGGAUCGAUCAGCUGCCUCCCAGCUUUGUAGGAGGCAUGUGGGCUCUGGGGACCGUCCUGGCUAUCCGGUUGACUAGCGCGGACGGAACACAAGGGUACAAGAGCAAUGCCGCGAAGGGCGUUCAAGCAGCGCUGUUGCAGGGCUCGCCGGGCGAGGGGCAAGGGUCAGAGCGGGCGAACGCGCCGCAGUGGAAUGUCCACACGCGGGUGCUGGGGAACACGCUCUACGUCAUGGCAAGCCUGAAGUCGACGGAGGAGAGUAUCAGAGGAGUGGAGAGCCGGUUGCGGGAGGCCCUGCUAGCGGCUGAGAAAGAGAGCCACGUAUGAGAAAUGUAUGUACAUAAUUAGCGGUGGGGUUUCAGCUAUGUUUAACGUAUUGUACGCCCUUGCAACUGUUUGUGCUGCCUGCAGCUUCUAAUCACGCCAGCCAAACUUAGAGGUGCUCAUCAGUCAAGUUAAAUAUGAUCAUAUGCUGGUCGAAGU